UCCGCACAUGCAUGUCACAUAGGUGUGCGCAGGUCAACACCGCAGCACAGCUCUUCAUAGUGGGUGAUUCAGAGAGCGACUUAUGCAGCCUAACCGAUAAACCUCUGGAAACCCCUUUCUUGUUCAAAAUUGCUCAAGAGACCUGUCAAACUUGGACAAAGAGGGAAGUAUGUGGUGUAAUGAUGACUACAUACCUGUGCCAGCCAGUGAGAAGGGAGUGGAUGAUGGGGAUGCACAAUCAAUACCCCUCAAGUCACUUAAGGUGGAUGAAGAAUCACACGUGAGAAAGCGAGGACCUUACUUUCAAGAUGGGAUCCGACGGAUAGACUAUGUGCUCACGUACCAUGUGCAGAAGCCCAACACCACAACCCGCCAGGCUUCACACUCAUUCGUAAGGAGCAUGCGGGAGAGCCUGAGGCGUAGCAUUAGGCGCACCCGCCAAGCACCAGAGCCACAAGAAGAUCCAGAGAUCGCUGCACAGGAACAUCAGCCAGACUACCAUGAAGAUGACAAGCAUUUUCGGCGGGAGGAGUUUGAAGAGAACCUCAGGGAGAUGGGGUUAGAGUUGGAGAAAGAUGACGGGACUACAAUAUCUGGCAUGGGUUUCCUGAAGAUCCAUGCACCAUGGAGUGUUCUCUGUCGAGAGGCAGAGUUUAUGAAGUUGAAAAUGCCAACCAAAAAGAUGUAUGAAGUCAGGCAAGACAAUAACAUAGUAGAGAAGAUCAACCUUUUUAUUCAUAAAGUGACUGAACCAUUACAUCCAAAAGUUGAGGAGAGCAAGAUUCAAACUGCCAAGCAUUUGUGCUACCCAUUCUCCAGAGAAAGACAGCACUUGUUUGACCUCUCGGACAGAGAUUCAUUCUUUAGCAGCAAAACCAGGAGUUCUAUAGUAUACGAAGUGUUGAAGAGAACAAAGUGCACUCGAUCAAAAUACACCAUGGGAAUUACCAGUCUUCUUGGAAGUGGAGUUUAUACGUCUCAUUACCCUUUACAUGAUGGAGACAUUGAUGGCAUCCAUGCAGAACCCAAUGACCGCAAGAUCCUCUACGAGGAAUGGGCGAGCUACAGCAUUUUCUACAAGUACCAGCCAAUUGGACUCGUCAGAAAGUACUAUGGGGAGAAGGUCGCCCUUUACUUUGCUUGGCUGGGUGUGUACACUCAAAUGCUGAUCCCAGCAGCCAUUGUGGGUGUGAUUGUGUUCCUGUACGGCUGUGCAACUGUAGACGAUAACAUUCCCAGUAUGGAGAUCUGUGACCCACGCAACAACAUCACCAUGUGCCCCCUGUGUGACCGUGCCUGUAGCUACUGGAAGCUUGUGACAGCCUGUGGCACAGCCCGAGCAAGCCACCUAUUUGACAAUCCAGCCACGGUCUUUUUUGCUAUCUUCAUGGCACUAUGGGCCACUAUGUUCAUGGAGCACUGGAAAAGACGGCAGAUGAGACUCAACUAUAUCUGGGGCCUCACAGGCUCUGAAGAGGAAGAACAUAGUGACACAGACCAUCUAAGACCUGACUAUGAGUUCCGAGUUAUGCAGAAAACCCUUCGAAAAGAAUCUCACAGCUCAAAGAAUAAGAAGGUUAAACUAACCUGCAAAGACAGAAUGCCAGCAUACAUGACCAUCCUCAUCAUGAUGUGCUUUAUGAUUAUUGUGACUUUUGCCAUUGUUUUUGGGGUUGUGCUCUACCGGAUCUCCAUUAAAACAGCCUUGCACAUGAGUUCCACACCUACCUUCCGCUCAAAUGUCCGUGCGACUGUUAAGUCAACGGCUGCUGUCAUCAACCUCAUUAUCAUAAUAAUCAUGGAUGAGGUCUAUGGGGCCCUGGCUCGCUGGCUGACUACCCUUGAGGUCCCGAAGACCGACAAGAGCUUUGAGCAAAGACUCAUCUUCAAGACAUUUGUCUUAAAGAUUGUCAAUGCCUUCACACCUAUAGUCUACCUUGCUUUUUUCAGAGGAAGGCUUGUUGGGCGACCUGGAAAAUAUCUCUAUGUUGUAGGAAACUACCGCAUGGAGGAGUGUGCCCAUGCUGGCUGUCUGAUGGAAUUAUGCAUCCAGUUAUGCAUCACAAUGCUGGGCAAACAGCUAAUUCAGAACAACCUGUUUGAGAUUGGCAUUCCUAAACUGAAGAAGAUGAUGCGGCGACGGAAGACCAAAUUGGCCACAGAGAAGGAGGAGGAGCUCAAGAAGACUCUGCGACGGCAUGAGAAAGACCACUUCCUGGGGCCCUUUGUUGGCCUCAACCCAGAGUAUAUGGAAAUGAUUAUCCAGUUUGCCAUUGUGACGGUUUUUGUGGCCUCUUUUCCUUUGGCUCCACUUUUUGCUCUAUUGAACAAUGUCAUUGAAAUUCGACUGGAUGCCAAAAAGUUUGUCAUGGAGUUGAGGAGACCGCUUGCAGCUAGGGCAAAGGAUAUUGGUAUCUGGUACAACUUUCUGAGGGGACUCAGCAAAGUGGCAGUUAUUGUGAACGCAUUUGUUAUCUCCUUCACAUCUGACUUUAUUCCACGGCUUGUUUAUCAACACAUGUAUAGUCCUGAUGGUACCCUGCAUGGAUUUGUCAAUCACACCUUAGCCUUCUUCAAUGUCUCUCAAUUCCAACCUGGGACUGAACCCUUGGAACCUUUGCAUUUAGGUUACAAGGUGGAGUUUUGCAGGUAUAAGGACUACAGAGAUCCUCCAUGGUCAGACACACCAUAUGAGUUUUCUAGAGAAUUUUGGGCCAUACUGGCUGCCAGGUUUGCAUUCGUCGUCAUUUUUCAGAAUGCUGUGACAAUUAUGAGUGACUUCAUCGACUGGCUGAUCCCUGAUAUUCCAAAGGACAUCAGUCACCAGAUCCACAGGGAGAAGGCACUCCUUGUGGAUCUCUUCAUGAAAGAGGAGCGAGGCAAGAAACACCUCCGGAAUUCCCAAUAUCAGCAGAGCCCAUCUCUGACACGUUCACGCCCCGAAUCAGACACCCACAGAAACAAUUAGCUUUUCCAUGACAGAAAAUAUGGCAAAUCAAAAUGGUAAAUGAUGGCUGUUAUGCUUAAGUCAGUUUAUGAAAAAGAUGCCUGUUUUCAAAAGUCUUAAAUGCUUUGUGCACUAUUUGUUGGGUAAACAAAACAAAUCAGAAAUGAGGACAGGGACCAAAUGUUAUUUUCAUGACACUAGUUCUGCUAGACCAUGGUGCUAACAGAAUGAAGGCCAAAUGUUACCCAGAGAGCACAAAUAUGGAUUUAAAUGUGUAUAUGUAAUGUAAAUGCAUACACAAUUGAAAUGUAAGUGUAAUGCACAUCAGGGUUAUUUUGUCAUGUUUCAAGCCAGUUUUGGCUCCCAUUUCUUAUAUUGCACAAUUUUAAAUGCAGGUAGUGUCCAAGCCACCAACCAUACCAGAAUCUGUGAUGUGGAGUCAAUAAUAAUAAUAUUUUUUUAAAAUGCCCUGUUAAACUUUCCCAAAGUUGUUUCUUGUCCUAUAUCCCACUGUUAUUGGCAAUUUCUGCCACUUUUUACCUAAUGGUUUUCAAUGGAAUCUUUAUAAGUACACAUUUAGGGUGUCCGUGACUAGAUUUGAAAAAGGUUGUGCAUUUAUAUUAAAGAGAGAGUGUAUGAUUGUAGAUGGUAGAACAUUAGAUAGGUAGAUACAUGUAAUAUAUUCUCCACACCAUAUAUAUUAUUAUCUACACACCAAUAGGACAUUAACUAGACAAUAUAAAAGAUCAAUUAUCUUAGUGUUUGACUGGUCAUCAUCUAAACUACUCUUCGAUUUCAUUGUCUUCUAAUGAUAAAACCUUAGCAAUAUCAUCACUCUCAAGUCACGUUCUUUCCUGUUUUCAAGACAGACUUUGAGGCAGUAAACACAUUUUACUCAUAUUUUCUAAAUAUGUUAACCUCAAAAUAAGUCAAUAAUGCUCUGGUCUUGAUGGCAUAUUCUUAUGACUAUAUGUAGGUUUGCACACCGUGUUUCACUUCUUCCUAGAAUUAAAAUCAAGUCAGCCAAAAAUGGCAUAGAUGAUCUUCAGACCAAGUUAUUUGUUGGUCUUGUAAUUUGUGAAAGUGGUAAGCUAAAUUCAUCAGUCAAAAGCAAAGCUGCCAUACACAAAUUUAGUUAAUAUCUAGUCCAAUCAGUGGACAUGAAACUUGCUACACAAAGGGCAUGCUACAGUAUAAUCACAUCAAGUUUCCAAUGCUACCAGUAACAUUGAUGUCAACACUGAGGGCGACCAAAUCUGUGAUUGGGUCUGGGGGACCCCCAAACUGAAUUUCAAUCCAUCUCCCACCAUGCAAAAAUAUUAGUAGAAAUCAUUAGUUAAGUCAGUCGAUUUUGCAGUAAAUUGUUAGCUCCAUCGAGAUUGAAUGGGAUUUAGCUACCUAGCGGUGGUUUUGCUAACAAAGUUGCUAGUUGUCUGUUGCCCUCAUUAGUUGCCCUGUGUGAUAGACAACAUUGCCCAAAAAAAUGUAUCAUCAGCGUAACAGUUAGCCAUCACGUUUUAAUUAUGGAGGGACACCGAAUUAAAGGAACACUUCACCGUUUUUUCAUAUUAAACGUUAUUCCCUUAAUUAAGAUUUCAACGCAUUGUUAUUAAUCAAUCAGACUGCAAUUAAUGUGUCAUCCAUUCAUCUUUGUUGCGUGCUUCCCUGUGCAGCUGCAUUCAAUUGUUUGGCGGGACUUAGUGAGACGAUGACUUUGGCAAAGCAGGCAGGGAGGCAAGGAAGCAGAUAGCGCGAUGCAGAGAAGUGGACAGGUCACAUCAGAGUCCUCUUGCCCCCUUAAUUGGUUUGAUAGAGAUAUUGACUCCCUAAAUCUAUUUUAUAGAUAUAUAUUUGACAACAUUAUUUAGUUAGUUACAUGAAAUUAGCCCAAGGUAGCCUAAUCAUAGUUGUGUGUAUUAAGUUCAUAGGCUUUGUCAGUAAUAACAAUGAAAAGCUGACUGUGGUGGUAGUGUCUUCAGUAGCCCUAAAGACAACAACUGGAAAUUGUGUAGUAUCCAAGAUCAUUUUGAAUUGUCUGUUCACACGGCAAGAGUAGCCUAGCAGCCAUCCAAAGCUUUGAGGGGAAGAAGAGGCAGUGAAGGACAAGACGAGGCAGGUUUAGAUUUUGAAAACUUGUUUUUAAAAUGAGAGGUCCCACAAUCUUGAGAGGGCUGGCUGUCUUUUUCUGUCAAAUAGACCAGUGGAUAUCACUUGGUUGUCAAUCAUAGAAUUGUACACAGUUCCAUAAAGAGUCAAGAUAUAUAUCUUCUAUAUUAUUUAUGUCUGGGGUGUGGUUUUGAUCUUGAAAAGAGUUUUUAAAAAUACAGCUCAGCCCAGUACCCACCCAAAAUAUGGUUUGCACAACACCCCUUAUUGCAACUACAGUAUGCCCUCCUGGGGACGGCUGUGUAAUUGUGGGAAUGUCAAUGAUCACAUUUCUAUGGUAAGGUGGGGUGAAGUCUGUAAGAUUCACUCGAUCAAUUUGCAAUAAUAUUAGAUUGAUGCCGUUCAUCUAAUUUCUCUCAGCAUCACCACUGAUAUUUAGUUAACUAUACUCUAUUUUGAUUAACAUAUUUGUAGAGGGCAAGAGGCCUUUAUUGCCGCCAACAGGUUUAGCCUUUAUGGCCUUUAUCACCUCAAGAAAGGCCAGAGUGGUCCAACAUAAUAUGUAUAUGGAAUAUCAGCAUAUCUUGAUUUAUAUCAGAUCAAUUUCCACGUAUGGGCCAAGUCCAAAAUUUAAGUACUGUGCUGACUGACUUGUCUCAGGUAAAAAAUGUUCAAGCUCAAAAAGCAGUUCAACUGGUUAUGAAUGAUACAUAAAAUCAGGUAACAAAACUGCCAAACAGGAACCAUUGCCAUAGUUAUGUUUGAUAGAUUGUCAGAGAUCUUGCUGUCAAUCAUGACUUUGAAGUGAUACCACAGAGAUGUAAUAGUGUGCUUUUGCACCUGAAUUAGCUGAUUGCUUUAUUUUUUAUUUUAUUUUUUUUUUAAAGAAAGGGGAUUUUAUAUUUUGUUCCAUUUGUCUUUAUUUAAUGUGGUCCAGUAUAAUAAUAAAAAGAGAUGUGGUAUGCAAUGAGAGGUCUUAAAUGCAUAAACAAGAAAUACAUUAUGCUCAGGAAUAUUGGGAAAUGUUUAUGAUGCCUUCAACAGGACUGGAUUCAAGUCUCUGUGCUCUAUUAUGACAGUCUAACAUGCAUGGUCACUUGCAAAAAGCUUAUUUAAAUUUAGUAGGCUGCCCAGGCCACACUGGGAGUGUUUUCGUUAUCAAAUGGAGAACGAAUGCCGCAACUAUAGAUGUUCAUAUGUUUCUUAAUCAGUCACGGGUAUGUUUUGGGCGUAACAUCCUUUAAACCAAUGAGAGUGACAUCUGUCAUUCCCUUUAACAACAAUAAGCGCAACUUCAAACAGCACAUCGGUAUUUUGAUGGUCAUUGGCGCAUUUGAAGGAAUCUGCUUGCACUUGACCUUAUGGAACAGCUAUUCCACUAAACCAUGCUUUACUAAAACCUAGCAGAGUAUAUAGCCUACAAUACAUGCAUCUGCGCUUGUCUAUUGUUGGCAAUAGACUCAUUGGCAAAGUGAAACUUUGCUGGCCUCAUAAUCCAGCAGAGAAGCAGAGUGUGUUAUGCACCCGCCCAUAUCACUGUAGAUAAUGCACUCUUAUAAUAACAUACAACUCGCCACUGAUUUCUGAACAGGUUUUCCUUGUUCAGUAGCGCAGUGCAUUUUAGGUUGUGUAAGAUAGCGAUUUUUAGACAAUGCGCCAGACCCCUCCUUAGGCCUUUAAUUGCCACACACCUUGGCGCGUUACUCAAUAAAAAGAAGCGCACCGUGGAAAAACUUGAGUCUGCGAUAGGAAUAAGCUUUGUGUCUUGAUGAUUAUAGACUUUCUGCUGCACUUUAGACUAUCACAAUAGAGCCCUCUAUGUUGUACUUAAUGCAGACAGAGCAAAAACUGUAUCAUAAAUUUGCUUUAAUGUACAUAAUAGUGCAUUCAGUCCAACCAGUCCUUUAGCUAUAUUAUUCUCCCUAUAAUUUGUGAUGUUUAUUAUUCUCCCUAUAAUUUGUGAUGUUUUUUAAAGUAUUGCUUUUAUGUGGUACUAUAUAGGUUUUGCGGCUUGGUUGCUUGGGGUUGUUUUUGUUCUCUUGUUCAGAACACAGGUUUGAGAUCAAAAUAUUAUGUUCAAAGCUAUGACGUAAUUAAAACAUAUUUCAAGUAAAAGGUACUACAUAUGAA